AUGCAUGGUUUGAAGAAUCUCCUAGCAGGUGUUGCGCUCUUGCCAACAGCCUACGGUGCUUUCUCGACAUCCAUCAAAGCCUCAGGCUCCAGUUCAGUCGCGUCUUCAACCUCACCCGCAUACUCCCAAUUCACCAUUCCCGCUGGCGCAGAUGAGGGCGCCCAGCUGAUUGCCAACAUCGAUGAUCCCGAUGCUAUUGACGCCCAGAAGGCUUGUCCCGGGUACAAGGCGUCGAACGUGAAGGAGUCGGCCCGCGGACUGACCGCUACUCUGAAGCUCGCGGGCAAGGCAUGCAACGCCUACGGAACGGACGUGGACUCCCUGGACUUUUCUAUUGAAUAUCUCGCCAACGACCGGUUGAAUGUUCAAAUUGUCCCGACUUACAUCGACUCCUCAAAUGCUUCUUGGUUCUUGUUGGAUGAGAAUACGGUUCCCCGGCCUAGCGCUGCGAAGCAUGCGUCGAAGAAGGAGAGUGAUCUUGAGAUCACUUGGGCUAAUGAGCCUUCUUUUCAUUUCAAGGUGACUCGCAAGGCUACCGGUGAUGCUAUUUUUGACACUACUGGCUCGACUUUGGUAUUUGAAAAUCAGUUUAUCGAGUUUGUGACUGCUUUGCCUAAGGAUUACAAUCUUUACGGUAUUGGAGAGCAUAUCCAGCAGCUGCGCCUUUUGGAUAACCUUACUUUGACUCUCUAUGCGUCGGAUAUCGGCGACCCUAUUGAUACCAAUUUGUACGGUUCUCAUCCAUUCUAUUUGGACACCCGCUACUAUGAAGUUGACAGUAAGGGCCAUCACACCCUUGUUGCUAGCGACAAGGCCGAUCAAUCCAAGGACUACGUUUCCUAUUCUCACGGCGUUUUCUCCCGAAACGCCCAUGGCCAGGAGAUCAUCACUAAGCCCGAGGCCUUGAAGUGGCGCACACUGGGUGGUACCAUUGAUCUCACAUUCUACUCGGGACCUAGCCAGGUGGAUGUCACCAAGAACUAUCAGCUCAGCACAAUUGGACUGCCAGCCUUGCAGCAGUACUUCGCUUUUGGAUACCACCAGUGCCGCUGGGGCUACAACAACUGGACUGAGGUUGAAGGGGUUGUCGCCAACUUUGAGAAGUUUGGAAUCCCUCUCGAAACUAUCUGGAAUGACAUUGACUACAUGCAUGGCUACCGAGACUUUGACAAUGAUAAGCACCGCUACCCUUACAGCGAGGGCGAAAAGUUCCUGGACAGACUACACAAGAGUGGUCGCCAUUACGUUCCCAUCAUUGAUUCUGCUAUCUACAUUCCAAACCCCAACAAUGCCUCUGAUGCCUAUGAUACCUACACACGUGGACACAAGAACGACGUCUUCUUGAAGAACCCCGAUGGAAGCGAGUAUAUUGGCGCUGUCUGGCCUGGAUACACCGUCUACCCUGACUGGCACAACCCCAAGACCAAUGAAUUCUGGGCGGAUGAGAUCGUGGAGUACCACAAGAAGGUGGCCAUCGACGGCAUCUGGAUUGAUAUGAACGAAGUUUCGUCCUUCUGCGUCGGAAGCUGUGGCUCUCGCAACCUUAGCAUGAACCCAUCUCACCCUCCCUUCGCAUUGCCUGGAGAGCCUGGCAAUAUUAUCUACGACUACCCAGAAGGCUUUGAGCUGACGAACAAGACCGAAGCUGCCGCUGCUGUUUCGGCUUCAUCUAGUCAAGCUGCUGCUGCUGCAACUGGAGGCUCGUCUUCCACUUCUUACCUGAGGACCACACCCACUGCGGGAGUGCGCAACAUCGAAUACCCACCAUACGUAAUUAACCAUGAUCAGGCCGGCCAUGACCUCAACGUGCAUGCAGUAUCCCCCAAUGCCACUCAUUACGACGGUGUCCAGGAAUACGACGUGCACAACCUGUGGGGCCACCAGAUCCUUAACGCCACCUACCACGGUCUCCUGAAGGUCGAUGAAAAGAAGCGUCCCUUCAUCAUCGGCCGCUCGACCUUCGCAGGCUCCGGCAAAUGGGCCGGUCACUGGGGCGGCGACAACGCCUCCAAGUGGGCCUACAUGUUCUUCUCUAUCCCACAAGCCCUCUCCUUCUCGCUCUUUGGUAUCCCUAUGUUCGGAGUCGACACCUGCGGCUUCAAUGGCAACACCGAUGAGGAGCUCUGCAACCGCUGGAUGCAGCUCUCUGCCUUCUUCCCCUUCUACCGAAAUCACAACACCCUCUCUGCGAUCCCGCAAGAGCCCUACGUGUGGGACUCCGUUAUUGAUGCCACCAAGGCCGCCAUGAAAAUCCGCUACGCAAUCCUUCCCUACUUCUACACCCUCUUCCACGAAGCUCACACAACCGGCUCGACCGUCAUGCGCGCCCUGGCCUGGGAAUUCCCCACAGAUCCAUCCCUCGCCGCAGUCGACACUCAGUUCCUGCUCGGUCCCUCGAUCAUGGUCGUUCCCGUUCUCGCUCCCCAAGCUACCUCCGUCAAGGGUAUUUUCCCGGGGCUCAAGAACGGCGAGGUCUGGUAUGACUGGUACACACAGACAGCUGUGGAAGCUAAACCCGGUGUGAACACUACUAUCCCCGCUCCGCUAGGCCACAUCCCGGUCUUCGUGCGCGGCGGCAGUGUCCUGCCCAUGCAGGAGCCCAAGCUCACUACCAAGGAGUCUCGCGACACGCCCUGGUCCCUUCUUGCCUCGCUCAGUGGCGAUGGUACUGCUUCCGGUUCCGUUCAUAUCGAUGACGGAGAAAGCAAUUUCCCAGAUGAGAGUCUGGAUGUUGUUUUCCGCGUCGAGAAGUCCAGCCUGAUUGCGAAGGCUAAGGGUUCUUGGAAGGAGUCGAACCCUCUGGCCAACGUUACUGUUCUGGGUGUUAAGCAGAAGCCCAGUGCUGUUGAAUUUAAUGGAAAGACCGUUCCUGUUCCCUCAGUGCGUUAUAAUGCCACUUCGCAUGUUCUGGCUGUUAGCGGCUUGGAUAAGUUCACCAAGGAGGGUGCUUUCGGUGAAAACUGGACUUUGAAGUGGUAG